CUAUUGAAGGGAAUUGCGCUUUAGUGAGGACCCGCCGCGCCUGUCGCGCGAAAAUUAUGGGAUAGUAUAACAAUGGUACAUAAAACGCACGGCAACAAAUUAACUUGAGCCGUCGUAACGUUGACUCGCGUUUUAAUCUUUUCAAAUACAAAUUACACAGUAAUUAAAAUGUAAAAGAAUCCUUCAAACGCAAGAAGCUGAACCACGCUCGCGCAUUCCGUCGAAUCGCAAUUAAUGUCCAUGGCUUAAAGUAUUCUAAGUAAAAGAAAGUUUUAAUUAAUAUAUAAUACUUUAUUUUGAUUUUCACAUUGUUUCUUAAAAAAAUAAUAUGUACAUAUAAACGUACAUAGCCAGGAUUUUGUUAGAAGAAGGAAGGGGUCAAAUUAGAGUUAAAACUUUGGAACUCCGGGAGGGAGAGUGGAUAGUCGAGUGGUACUAUUAGACUUAUUUUGUUUUACAAUAUUAUUUUUAAUUAAUUACUGGUAGGUAAAUCACAAAGUCACAUAUAUUUAAUUUACUAAUUUACUUUAUUCUUCUCUUGAAAUUUUAAACUGACUCAUUAAACUGGAGAAACUUAAAUUUAUAACAUUAGCUGUCUUGGAUUCUCAAAAAAACUUUCCAUACAAUUUCCUCCGAUUCAUUCUUCUUUUCUAAAAUUAAUCUCGCGCCAAGAUUUGUAUAGUUGGCGGGCAUUUGAAUUUUGAAAUUACUUUAUUAUACUGUAAAUAUGUAAUUUUUGUAAUUAAUUUUGUUCUUCUUUGAGAUUUGGGAAGGGCAGUUUCAUCUGCCCUGCCCCCUCAGCUACGUCCAUGUAUAUAAAUGUUACGAUGGGAAAAAUAAUCAUGUAAUUGUUCAAAUAAAUAACUUUCUAGCACUUUACGCUCACUUCGAUUUCAAUCUUCCAUACGAAUAAUACACGAAAGAUCCAAAGUAGAUUAAACACGGAGAAAACCUUUCAAAGAGACCGCCAUACGGAAUCGAUACUGAACGACGACGGCGCUCGUGACGGCUUUCGUGUUCACGCAGAUUAUGUAACCACUAGGCACAUGCUGCGUAAUACUUUGUCUUCGUCUCUAUUUUUAUCCAGUCGCAGAAGAAAAUAAUUAUAUGCGUUGCAUUCGUUCGAGAACGCGCGCGCGCGUUAAAUCGAGUGUCGGUAUUUGUGACGUUUAUACCAAGUAAAGUACCAGCUCAGGAGUCUUCAAGCAAGCGGCGUCGACUGCAGCCCAAUGACUGCAGCCAUCUGUUCGCCAGCACGAAGAUCUCGCGCACGCGUGAAAGAGUGAGCAUAUACCAGUGGUAUAGAUCAACAUAGAUCGCGCAGAAGGAUUGAAAUGCAAUCACGCAUAAUCGUCCACUCGCACAUCGUACGGAAAGCACUGUUCACCACGAGAUAUGCUAAUCUGUGGACGAAGAUAUUCCAGAAGAAGAAGAAGAAGAAACCGUUGGCGUCAGAGGUCCUAACGAGCUACCUAUUGCAAACCGGCGAGCCCCCCUGGACCUCGUACUUCGUCCGUUACGCCGACGUGGUGAACGAUCAGCAGGGAAUGUCACACUUCAAUUGGCCGGCGGGCGGCAGCAAUUACCACGUACUUAGGACCGGCUGCUUCCCGUACGUCAAGUAUCACUGCAGCAAGAGGCCGCUGCAGGAUCUCAGUGGCGAGGACAGAUUCUUCAAGGCGAUCAAGAUAUUGAACCUUGGUAUCCCCACUCUGAUGUACGGAUUGGCCGCGACGCAGCUUGUCCGGCACCGCGAGAUCGUGAGGACGCCUCGGGGUGACGUGACGAUCUACUUCUUGCUACCGGAGGACAAAGGCUCGCCGUAUUGAGGCUUGCACCCUACGACGCGUCUAAUCUACGUCGGGUCUCGCGUCACGCGGCCUUCCUCGAGGGAAGAUGACAUGUAACGGCAGCGAAAUACAGAGCUAUACUGAUGAUCGUUGCUCCUUUUUUUCAACCCUUUUAUUUCUCGCUAUUCCGUCGAGUUCUCGAGUGCAAAACGAAAAGGGGAAUCGAGCGGCGCAAAAAACUCCCAGUCACCAUUCUGCUUAUUUGCGACGGAUGCCAUCACCAAUUUUGUUAACCGAGAGGAUGAAGAAGUUGAAAAUACCGAUUUGAAAUAGCAUUGUAUUUCCGCAUGCAAAAUAAUAUAUGGUAAGAAAUUUAUGCAAUAGCCCAAUAUGACAAAGUCGAGAAGUAGGUGUUAAUAAAGAUGUUAAUAAAUGGCUAAAUCUUGAAAC